AUGAAUCGCCUGAGGGUCUCUCCAAUGGAGUUUGAGACUCACGAAGACGCGUACCUGUUUUACAAAGACUAUGCGAAAUCCGUAGGUUUCGGAACUGCGAAACUGAGCAGCCGAAGAUCAAGAGCUUCAAAGGAAUUCAUCGACGCCAAAUUCUCCUGCAUACGCUACGGAAGCAAGCAACAGUCCGAUGAUGCGAUUAACCCUAGAGCUUCCCCUAAGAUCGGCUGCAAGGCGAGUAUGCACGUGAAGCGAAGACCAGAUGGGAAAUGGUACGUUUACAGUUUCGUCAAAGAGCACAAUCACGAGCUUUUACCUGAGCAAGCCCAUUUUUUCCGGAGCCAUAGAAACACGGAGCCUCCGAGUACCGACGCUCGUCUCAGGCGGAAGAAGAACAAUCCAUUGGCUGCUUGUAAACAUCUCAGUGCCUAUCACGACCUCGAUGUGCAGUGGAUGCGUUCUCUGUAUGAUGAACGUAACUUCUGGGCGCCUACCUUCAUGAGAGGGGUCACAUUUGCUGGUUUAUCAACGCGUUAUCGUUCAGAAAGCGUGAACUCUGUGUUUGAUAGGUACGUUCAGGCUGAAACUUCGCUCAAAGAGUUCUUAGAAGGAUAUGGGCUGAUGCUAGAAGAUAGGUAUGAAGAGGAAGCCAAAGCAGAGUUCGACGCUUGGCAUGAAGCACCUGAGUUGAAAUCUCCAUCGCCUUUUGAGAAGCAGAUGCUGCUUGUGUACACUCAUGAGAUAUUCAGGAAGUUCCAAGUCGAGGUUCUGGGUGCUGCUGCUUGUCACCUUACGAAGGAGAGCGAGGAAGGAACGACUUACAGUGUCAAGGACUUUGAAGACGAUCAGAAUUAUUUGGUGGAUUGGGAUGAAUCCAAGUCUGAUAUUUACUGCUCUUGCCGUUCGUUUGAGUACAAGGGGUAUCUCUGUAGACACGCCGUUGUUGUUCUCCAAAUGUCGGGGGUUUUCACCAUUCCGGUAAACUUUGUGUUGCAAAGAUGGACGAAUGCAGCUAGAAACAGACAUCAGAUCAGCGGAAACCUUGAGCUCGUGCAGUCUAACAUCCGUCGUUUCAAUGAUCUCUGCCGGCGAGCCAUUAUAUUAGGAGAGGAAGGAUCUCUUUCCCAAGAAAGCUAUGACGUCGCAAUGGCAAUUUCACAACACGAUGCCUGGAGUGUUCCAAAACGUAAUCCCCAUGGAGUUCCACAACAUUCCGCCUACAGAUAUGAAUCAGAACAAUCCCUCUGGGUAGAGGUUGGACAGAACACAGCCGACAAACUUGAUAGCUUCCUUGUUCAAACCACUUCAUCUACGGUUCCAUUGUUCUUAGGUUAA